AUUAAGGACAUGGCAACUCAAAUGAUGUCCAAGUUCCAGAAAUAUUGGCGAGAGAUUCACGGGCUUAUGUGUGUGGCGGUUGUUUUAGACCCGAGGUACAAGUUCAUGUUGCUCGAAUACUAUUUCCCUGUAAUUUAUGGAGAUGAGCAAUAUGUAACUGAAAUUGCGAAGGUUCGUGAGCUUUGUUGCGAGCUACUAGAGGAGUACGGGUCUAAGUUUCCUCAUUUGAGAGAAAGAAGGGUUCAAGAAGAAAAUGUAUCAACAUCGUCUUCAACACGCCGAUUGGAUGCCCUUUCUAACUUUGAUAGAUUUGUUAGAGCUUCCUAUCGAGUAGAGAAUAUGAAGUCUGAACUGGAUUUAUAUUUAGAGGAGAACUUGAUACCUAGGACUGAAGAGUCAUUUGAUAUAUGCAACUAUUGGAAGGUGACGGGCCUCAAAUACCCUUUGUUGAGUAUGAUUGCCAAGGAUGUAUUUGCUGUGCCUGUUAGCACUGUUGCUUCGGAAUCUACAUUCAGCACUGGUGGUAGGCACGUGAGUUCACAUCGAUCGAGACUUCAUCCUUCUACAUUAGAAGCAUUAGUAUGUACACAAAAUUGGUUGAAGACUGACAAAAAAGCAACAGUGAAUGAUGAAGAUAAUGAUGUUGAUCCAACAAUGGAGCCUUACGUAGUUGAUCUUGAUGAUUAGAGAGUACAUUGUUCUUUUUAGUAUAUGAGUGAGGACAUGGAUGAGAACAAAUUGUAGUGUUUAGUACUUAUGGUUGCUAGUUAUUAUAUUUGAGUUUAUGGUUGGUAGUUAUUAUUGAUGUAUUAAACAUUGUUAGUAACAAAAGUACAAUCUCAAACUUUCCUCUAUUAUGCAUAAUUGAAUCACUCAUUUAUUCAUUAUAACAAAAAUGCAAUUAUUCAUUGAAAACCUUAGUUUCCAACCUUAUCUAUUAUUAAAGUAAAAUUGAAAAAAAAACAUUACCAUCACACCCUUAUAAUUCUCUUCAUUAAAAAUAAAUUGACUUACAUAAUUAUUAUAAUAUUGACUUUAAAAC